AUGCAGAGCAACGAGGCGCUCCUCAUCAAGACGCUGCUGGCGCGGAGCUGCCCGAGCGCAAGGCUGAGCCGCGUGCAGCGCGUGCAGAACAAGAAGCUGUGGCGCGCGUACUCCAACCACCGCGACGAGGAGCUCGUCCACAGUUGCGACGGCGGCGACGUCAACGAGAUGCUCCUCUUCCACGGCACGGCGGAGCGGGCGGCGGAGGAUGUGCUCGCACAUCAGAACGGGCUCGACCCGCGCUUCUCGAACGGCGGCUUUUACGGCCAGGGCAUCUACCUGGCGGAGGACCCGUCGUACCCGAUCGGCGGCCGGUACGCGCACCGCAUCUCCGGCUCGGGCGGCAGCCGCGUGCAGCUGCUCAUCGUGAAGGCCGCCCUCGGCUCGCAGCAGGAGAUGGGGCAGCGCAUCAGCGCGGAGUCGAGGGCGAUGCGCAUGCCGGACGUGCGCGUCGAGGGCCCUCCCCGACUCCUCUACGACAGCGUGCGCGGCGGGCCGCACCGCCCCUUCGUCUCCGGCGGAGGCGAGAACGGGUGCGACGCCUCCAUCGUACACGUUGUGUACGAGUCGCGCCAGAUGUACCCGGCGUACGUGAUCGAGGUCGAGAUGGAGAUGGGGGCCGAGGUGCUGGCGAUGGACGUGGCGGCAGCGGUGGCGGCGCUGCGGGCGCACGGGUCGGUCAGUCGCGUCGCACUUGCGGCUUGCGGGCGGUUGGGCCGUCUGUGCAAAGAGGCGCAGAACAAGCAACCCGCGGCGGACACGGGCGCGCUCGAGGCAAUCGUGGCGGCGCUGCAGGCGCACCCGCAGCAUGCGGGCGUGCAGCAGUUUGGAUGCUGGGCGAUGGGCAGCGUGUGUUUCGGCUUCGACGCCGCAGCGUUCGCACGUAAGCAGCGCGCAGCAGACGCGGCCGGCAUCGAGGUGGCUGUGGCGGCGCUGCAGGCUCACCCGCAGGUGGCGGGAAUCGCACGUAUGCAGCGCGCAGCAGCAGUGGGCGCGAUCGAGUUGGUCGUGGCGGCGCUGCAAGCUCACCCGCAGGUGGCAGGUGUACAGCAGUAUGGCUGUUCUGCGCUGGGCAACGUGUGCUUCGGCAGCGACGCCGCAGCGAGUGCAGCAGACGCGGGCGCGAUCGAGGCGAUCGUAGCGGCGAUGCAGGCCCACCCGCAGGCGGUGCGCGUGCAGCAGUUGGGCUGCAUGGCGCUGGGCAACGUGUGCUUCGGCAGCGACGCCGCAGCGCGGGCGCGGAGGCAGCGAGCUGUGACUGCGGGCGCGACCGAGGCGAUCGUGGCGGCGAUGCAGGCCCACCGGCAGGAGACGGGCGUGCAAAAGAAUGGCUGCAUGGCGAUGGCCAACGUGUGCUCCGACACCGACGCCGCAGGGUUCGCACGCAUCCAGCGCGCAGCGGACGCGGGCGGCAUCGAGGUGGCUGUGGCGGCGCUGCAGGCUCACCCGCAGGUGGCGGAUGUGCAGCAGUAUGGCUGUUUGGCGCUGGUCAACGUGUGCUUCGGCAGCGACGCCGCAGCGUUCGCACGCAAGCAGCGCGCAGCAGACGCGGGCGGCAUCGAGUUGGUCGUGGCGGCGAUGCUGGCGCACCCGCAGGUGGCGGGCGUGCAGGAGAAUGGGUGCUGGGCGCUGUUCAACGUGUGCUCUGGCACCGACGCCGCAGCGCGGGCGCGGAGGCAGCGAGCUGUGACUGCGGGCGCGACCGAGGCGGCGGCAGGGGCUAUGCGGGCGCACCCGGGCGACGCAGCUGCCCAGAGGCAAGGGCAGAAUUUGCGCGAUCUUCUUGCCUGA